AUGGCCACCGUCGCCUCGUCGUCCACCGCCGCCAGCAUGGCGCACCCACCCAGCACCUCGCGCGACGCCUCGCCGUCACCACCUCGCAACCACGUCCGCCGCAACGACUCGCUGCGGGCCAUUGAGCAGCACGCGGCGAGCGUCCGCCGAGUGCAAGAAGCCGCCGCCGCCGCCGCCGCGGCCCAGCAGGACCCGGCUGCGCAGCCCGCUCGCCCCAAGCCCGUGCGCCUCGCGACGCCGUCGUCGGGUUACCCGUUCCCGGUCAUGGUCACGACGCCGCGGGACGAGGUCGUCGAGCCGACCCUCGAGCCGUACCGCAGCGCGCCGCGGCAAAAGCCCCCCUCGCGCAAGGGCACGCCCGAGGGAGACGGGUGGGACACGCCGGCGUCGUCGCUGUCGCGAGCGUCGUCCAUGGCGAGCAAGCGGUCGAGCGCGGCGCCGUCGAGGCUCGCGCCGCUGCCCGGCCUGACGUCGACCUUCUCCGACUCGUCCCUGUCGUCGUCGUCCUCCUCGGCGUGCUCGACGCCGUCCGACACCAACCUCGAGUCGAGCGCGUCGUCGCCAUUCGCCGUCCCACACUCGCCGCCGCCGCCGCAGCAGGCGCCGCCGACGCCGGCCGAGGUGACGCGCUCGCGCCUCAAGCACGCCGGGUCGACGCCCGGCGCACCACCACCGGCGCCGCUCAUGCAGGCGACGCAGCCCGUCGGCCAGCAGCUGUUCGACCUCCAGGACGUGCGCCUCAACGCCGUCCCGUCGCCGAGGAACUCGCCGCGCCACUCGCCCGACCCGUCGGCCGCGAGCGGCUCGCGCCUCAAGAAGGACCUCAACCCGCUCAGCUCGGGCGUCGCAGGCCUCAGCAUGUCGUCGCAGACCAAGAAGGAGCAGCCUCUAGGCGUCGGCUCCAAGGUCGAGGUCGACUGAGCGCUGUCCCUCUCCUCCCUCCCCUUUCCACCCCCUGUACACGCCUCGCUCGCACUCGUCGCGCCUGUCCAUAGCGUUCCCUCUACUACUCGUCCGUCCGUGCCGACGCGGGCUGGUCCCUCGUCGGCGAACUUUCCUCCCUCUCGCGCUCGAGCCUGUCCUCUCGCCCCCCAGUUCUCCCCCUCGUUGUUCUCUCCUCCUCUCGCACAUUGUCUCUUUCCUCACGUCGAUUUAGCAAUUGCAAACACGAUCGUACUCCUCGUC